AUGCUGGGUGGAUUGUACGGGGACCUCCCUCCCCCCUCUUCUUCAUCCAAUGCAACUGAUGAGAAGAGUGGAAAUAACUCAGCUGUGUGGUCGAGCAGCACCAAGAUGGCACCGCCCACUUUGAGGAAACCUUCGUCAAUGUUUACAACGCCACCAUCUGUGUUGAAAAACCAGCAGUCACAAAGCAAGGCAAAACCUGCUCCCGCACCAGCUAUAAAAGCUGCAAGUUCGUCUGUUUUGACUCCCGCAUCUUCUGAAAACGGGGGUACAAAAAGCCCAUUGUUCCAGCCAGCACUUGUCGGGGUGACAUCUACCAUAAUCGAAGAGUAUGAUCCCGCAAGGCCGAAUGAUUAUGAAGACUACAGGAGGGAAAGAGCCAGGAAGGCAAAGGAAGCUGCUAUACGUAGGGAGCUUGACAAUCGGCGUCGGGAAGAAGAGGAGAGAGAGCGAGAACGUGAGCAGAGGGAAAGGGAAGCAGCUGAAAGGGAUGCAAAAGAUCAAGAGACGAGAUCUUCUUCACUGAAUAUCUCAGGUGAAGAAGCCUGGAGAAGACGAGCUGCAUUGAGUGGUGGUGCACCACCAAGGUCACCUUCUCCACCAGCCAAUGGAGAAGGUUUCACCAUUGGGAAGUCAGGAUCUGAUGGUCUAGGGCUUGGUGCUGGUGGGCAGAUGACAGCUGCUCAGAGGAUGAUGGCAAAGAUGGGCUGGAAGGAAGGCCAGGGGCUUGGAAAGCAGGAACAGGGAAUUACAACGCCAUUAAUGGCUAAAAAGACAGAUAGAAGAGCUGGAGUUAUUGUCAAUGCCAGUGAAACGAAACCAGAGAAGAAACCAAAGAGUGUCAACUUCAAUGGCCCACCUACACGUGUUCUGCUUCUUAGAAACAUGGUACGCAUCUUGAGUUUUUGUUCUUAGUGAGUGCAUAAUUCAUUUCUUAGUCUUUUAUGCACCUAAUCUUUUAGCAGCUCCUCCUUAUAUAGGUCUGAAUGAGAUUGUUUUUUGGUGCACUCAUAACCCAUCUGUAUUUUUAGGCUAUAUGUAAAAUUUGAAUCGUGAAUGUGAUAAUUGCCUGCUACACACAUAAAAUGCACCACGCCAAACAGAAAAAAAUUUCAUUCACUUAUUUGUAUCGACUACGUUUACAUUGUAAUCCGUUCUGUGAAAAAGGUUAGUUUUGUACAAUCACUUUUUCCUACAUCAAUGUGCUUGGCAUGGAAACUAGCAUACUGUAUGCAAACCAUCUGUAAUCUAAGGCUAGUUUUGGUUACGAAGUUAUUUCUAUUUGCAUCCUUUUUAUGCUAAGCUUCUGAAAACAACCUACUUGUGCGAUCUUUAGCUGUCCUAGUUUGUUGCCUUGAGAAGAUGGUAUUUGAGUAUGUAUUUUUCUCUUCAAAUAAUGUAUUGAUAUAAGGUGACGUUUAACAAUUUAAAUCAAUUCUCUAGGUUUGCAUGAGUUGGAAUUCUGUUCUACCUUUAGAGUUUUGAAAUUAUCUUAUAUGAAAUUGAAAUUUUAGUAAAUUUUUCGGAUUUGUGUUUUUAUGCCCAUCAUGAAAAACAUGUAUCUAAAUAUUUAUCAAAUAAUAUAUGAUCGGCUUUGAUACUGAGUCUUUAGAAACAUUGUUGGUGCAUGGUUCUGUGCAGAAUACAACCAAAAAGGAACUAAACUUGUCAUUUUAGGCACAUGAAAACAUCAACCUAGGUCUGCAAGGGACAUUCAACUUUCGAAGGCUGGGCCGCUGAUACAAGAAUUUAAUUUUGGAGGAUCUCUCCUAAGCAGCAUUUUUAGGGUUACCUAACUGACCCUAAUCUAGAUCCCAGUAUAUCUUAGUCUGACUUUUAUGCUUCCUUAUAUCUUAGUCUGACUUUUAUGCUUGAUCCCAGUUGAGAAUGCUUUUGGUCUGGCUACUCUUAUUGCAUAAGGAGCGGUCAAUGAAUGGAAGUCUGGAAGUUUGAAACUUAUCUUGACCAUAUUUUGUACGUGUCUUGUUUAAACGUGUGUGCGAUCGUCAUUUUGAAUGCAUGCAUGCUUUUGAAGGUGGUAGAAAACUACAAUUGUGUAUCCAAACUAGACAGUAGAAAGGGUGGAUAAAUUACGGUGUAUAGGUAAAUACUGGUUCCCAGGGUGGGCAGCAGAAAUCGAUUGCAGUGGUAGUACCCUAUCUUCAAUUGAGUGUUAAACCAUCCUCCAAUUUAGACUGAGUCGACUUGAAAUCGGUUUAUUGUGGAGAGUUUGACAAUUUUAUGGAACGAUCUAAUAUUACAUGGAUCAGCCACUAUCCAACGACAGUGUUGCUGUUGAUGAAGAAUAUUGAAGUGUGGCUCUCUUCGAUAAAUAAGAGUAGAGGAAAAAUAAGCUCACUGGGCGCCGUUGCCAGUUUCCUUUUUCUGCGACCUGACACCCCUGAACACUGCUAAUGACCAAUAUGCCAUCCCUUGUAGCUCUGAGCGGUGCUGCACUGCAUGUUCUGGGCUGUUCAUACAUAAGAAACGUUAUAAGGACGGGGUUUUGGCAUCCAAAAUUGGUGACGCUGUUGUUUUGGUUGACUUUCCUUUCCCGAGUAUAAAUUUACGUGGUCUCAUUUUCAUUCAAAUAUCAUCUUUUACUGUCUGGAUAGGUUUUUGGUACCUACUGCAUGCAUACAAAAUUUUCUCAGAUCUUAAGCUAUGACACUUCCCAGAACUAUUUCAGAUCAUAUUCUAUUACCAUCGUUCAACAAUAUCAGGGGUAAAUUUUUCUGGUUGUUGAGACAUGGUUGAUAGUCGAUUGUUUUCCCGGUCCCUCAGCUUUGGUUGACAGUUUCUAGUGUGCAUUCAAGUGUAGGGUUUAUCAAGUUUAGGGGAUUAAUGACAAAUAAUUUGGACUGAUUUCGGAACUUAACUGUUUCUCAGUAAUGAAGAACAAUGCAGAAUUAGGGCUUCAGGCCUUAAAAAUGUCGCCCAGAUAGUUUAUGGGUAAUCCCCACACCUCUUGUCUGAUUUGGGCUUCCUUGGUGUCGAGUCCAUUGGUGUGGCAUCCAAGAGGCAACUUGAUAUUCCUAUCAAGGCAAAGGGGAGCUUGCACCAUGUUCGUUUUUGGGAAAAAGAAAAGGAGGGAUUAUUAUGUCAGCACCUCUAAUUAUUUACUUGGAAAAAAGUAGGCAGAGGCGCAUCUUAAUAUCUGUCCUUCUAUUUAGACUCAAGGUAACGUGGGAUUCCCCAGUCUGGACUCCAAGAUAAAAAACUGGCCUUUUUCCCUUUAGUUGGGUUCUGAUGCCAAGGAUCUUGCAGUUGGAACGGCCAACAAAUUUUCCCUCUGUUGAUUAUUAUUGAUCCUUUUCUGAACUUGUAUUGAUACCUGUCAUACCUUCCCGACGUUUCAGUUUUCCUCUUAUCUUUUCAGUGCCCCGAUUAAAAAAAGUAUGACUUUGUUGCUUAGGUGGGAUAUCUUGAUCCUUCUGGACACGUGCCAGUUUUGUUGGGGUGCUUACUAGCUCGUUUUCAGAGUCAUUAAUCAUUUGAUAUCUUCUUGUUUUCUAUGCAUCUAUCCUAGCAUUCUCAUUUCUGAGAUUUAUGAUGUUGUGACCUUUGGUUUUGUUUUUAAUGUGCUCAUCUGCAUAUUUUCUUGGAUUUUGAGACCAAUCAAUCAACAGCCAGACCGAGCAAUUCGGAGAUCUGAACGAUUCGUAUGUCCUUGUUCAUGAGAUCUGGUCAUCAGGAAAUAUGAAAAAAUCUAUUUGCCCCUUGUGCAUAGCCCUGUCCUCCCUCUUCUUGUUUUCUGUGCAUCUAUCCUGACAUUCUCAUUUCUGAUAUUUAUAAUGUUGUGCCCUUCGGCGUUGUUCUUAACGUGCUGCUCGUCUGCAUAUUUUCUUGGAUUUUGAGACCAAUCAAUCAACCGCCAGACCAAGCAAUUCGGCAUCCGAUCAUCAGGAAAUAUGAAGAAAUCGAUAUGCCCCUUGUGCAUAACCCUGCCCUCCCUCUUCUCCAGGUUGGGCCGGGGGAGGUUGAUGAUGAACUGGAAGACGAGGUCGCCUCGGAGUGCUCCAAGUACGGCGUGGUUACCCGCGUGCUGAUCUUCGAGAUCACAGAGGCGAACUUCCCCCACGACGAGGCGGUGAGGAUCUUCGUGCAGUUUGAGAGAUCGGAGGAGACGACCAAGGCCUUUGUCGACCUUGACGGGCGGUUCUUCGGCGGACGGGUGGUGAAAGCUUCCUUCUACGAUGAGGAGAGGUUCGGGAGGACCGAGUUGGCGCCGAUGCCCGGAGAAAUCACUGGUUACUGA